UAAUCUCUUUUCCAUUUUACAGCUACUGCCUGCUCCAUUUUCUCAGGGGACGUUGCCGAAGCGAAAGUUCUUCCUCGAUGCGAAGUAUACCGAGGACGUGAGAUUGCUCACGAAAAAGUGGCCCACCAAUGCCCAAUCCUCCCACAGGUGCUCCCAAGCCCCGGAAGCCUCGACCCUCGCGUGCGCGCGGCUUGCGCACAACUACAGGCUGCUUGACAUGUCGCAAGAGAAGAGUAAAAUGUGAUGAAACGAAACCUUGCUGCACGCCUUGCAGCAAGUCUAAGAGAGAAUGUGCUUACGCUGUUACGACCACCAUCACCACCCCAUCUACGGAGGAAAGCAAUGCGGCACCAAGUGUUCCUGAAGAAGCAUCCGUACCAUCUCAACCAGGGACAGUUGGCAGUCUGAAUGCCAAUGAUUCACCAGAGCUUCGGUUUGACUUAUCGCCAUUAACGAUCACCGCUUCUCUUCCUUCACCCAAUUCAGCUCCAUUCGAAUGGUAUGACCUGCUUGCCGAGGAUGCAAUCAAUAACAUAGAGAGACAUAAUCUUGGCUUCGACCAAACGUCCCUCUCGAGACGACAGAGUCCCGUACCCGAAUUCCUAAACGCAGCAGGGCCUCGCCUUACUGUUGAACCAGAAUAUCAGUCACCAAAAGUCAGCGUCGAUGUCGAUGCCGAGAUCUCAUCUAAUGAACCAUGGAAUUCGACACAGAUAUUGGCUCUGACAGAGACUGAACUUACCCUGAUGCAACACUUCGUAAAUGUCGUUGGGCCUAUACUGGAUCUACUCGAUCCUCAUCGACAAUUUUCAACUACAGUUCCUCGACUAGCCGUUCACAAUGUCGGUUUACUUAAAUCUCUCCUUGCCGUUGCGGCUCGACACAUGGCGUUGCACUCGGCAGAAACCCAGCCAGACCAAAUGACUGACGGCAACAUUACGGAUCCAGCUGGACGUCGAAAUCCAUUUACACAGGUGGCGACGCAGUAUUAUUACGAAACAUUACAUUAUCUAUCCCAGAAUCUACUCUACCCUUCAUACACGCGAUCUGGGGUUAUCAUUGCUACAGCCAUCCUAAUAAGCACGUAUGAGAUGUUCGACGCAGAGGGGUCUUACAGCGAUGGCGGGUGGGAGAGGCAUCUACGGGGGAUAUUCUGGAUACAAAGAGGUCAAAACAUUGACGGAGAAACGGUCGAUCCCCUUCGGAAGGCUGCAUGGUGGGCUUGGCUUCGACAGGAUAUCUGGGUUGCAUUCCGGGAGAACCGACGCACAUUGACGAUAUGGAGGCCUAGGAGGAGACUUAUGGAUCUCAACGCCGACGAUCUCGUGACACGCAUCGUCUACAUCACAGCGAGAUGCGUGGACUUCGCCGCGAACGAGAAGAACUACGAUAUGGGGCUACGAAUUGAGCAAGGAGAUAAAUUACUCCAGGCACUGGAUGACUGGUAUCAGAUCCUGCCGAGUUGCUUCAAGCCAAUCUAUGCGCAAGCACACACCGAGUCGAACGUCUUCACCCCCCUCUGGAUCAAUCCUCCCAUGUACGCGGCUGCCGUCCAAACUUUCCACUUCGCGAGGAUCGUAGUCAUUAUCAACCAACCAUCAGUGGGAGGUAUGUCGGCUUUCAGACAACAACAAAAACUACUUGACGAAAGUGUCGAGUCAAUAUGCGGUAUCGCCAUGAUGCAGCAAAAUCAUCUUGAAAGUGCAUUUGUCAACUUUCAAGCUCUCUAUGUUGCGGGUCUUUGCGUCCAGAACCCUGUCAAGCAACUUGCAAUCAAACAACUUCUAGAAGCCACUCUAGACCUCGCCAAGUUUCCCCCGAAGACGCUUUUGAAUGAUCUCACGAAUUUUUGGAGAGAGGCACAGUGAGCGACUGUGCAAGAGCACACGCGCUGGAUAAUGUCAUGUUACGAUAGGGUGUCUAUGUAGGAAGGCUUUAAGCCAUAACAAUGGAUGUUUUGUUCCCAUACCGUGAAAAAGGCUUAGAGCUACGGUACCAAGAACUGUUUUACAGAUGAUGUAGCGAACCUUGACGCAAAUGACCUUAGAUCC